AUGUUUACUCUGAUCAGUGCAACGCCAUCGCCCUAUGCUCGUAAAGUUCGCAUCGCUUUGGCCGAGAAGCAAUUGCCGUUUACUCUCCAGACCGAAGUUCCUUGGGAUGGCACAACCCAGACUCCCCAGUACAACCCUCUCGAAAAGCUGCCUGUACUGAUUCCCGAAGACGGAAGUCCGGCUGUCUUCGAAUCUAGCUAUAUCCUCGAGUGGCUCGAGGCCAAAUACCCCGAGAAACCUCUUCUCCCUGCUCACGACCAGCUCGAUGCCAGACUGUUUGCCAAGAAGAUACAGGUCGUAGCAGAUGGCAUAUGCGAUGCCCUCGUGUUAGCCUUUUUCGAGAAGAUGAGAGCCCCAGAGAAGCAAUCUCAGCCAUGGAUCGACAGACAGAUGAGGAAAGUGGAAGGUGGACUCAAAGCACUAGGUGACUGGGCCGAACAGAAACAAGGCGAAUAUCUUGUAGGAGAUCAACUCGGGCUAGCGGAUAUCGCUGUGGCAUCUGUGUGCGGAUACAUGGCAUGUCGAUGGCCAGAUCAUGCUUGGGCCGAUAGAUAUCCCGCCCUGAAGAAGCACUGCGACAUGUUGGAAGAGCUUCCCAGCUUCAAAGACACCAGGCCGAGUCCACAGACGAUGAAGGAUAAAGUGGUUUAA